AUGCUAGAUCCAUUUGAACAAAAGAAGCAAGCCAUCAUCACCGAGAUAUCGGCAACACUGUCAGACCUACCCGAUGCAAGUCCCAAAGGUACCAUUGAUGAAUUCUGUUGGCCUGUGAUCAAUAUAAUAAACCGCCAUUCCGAUAUGGUCACGACGUCUCUGUGUCUGGGGAGAGUAUCGGUGUUUCUUGAGGGCCACAAGGGUGAUUUGAAGGAAGGGGAAAUGAAGAUUGGGGCCAAAGGUAACGAAGGCAGAUGGCUAUUUGUCACUCACGAUCCUAAGGACUUGCCGGGAUGGCACAAGCAAAUUAGCUUCAAGUAUACCACAGAGUACCCUCUUGAUCCCACAACCCGCUACAUUUUAUUCAAGUUUGAACCCUUAAUUUUACACGUCAAAUGCAGGGAUGUGGCCACGGCAACUCAGCUUUAUAAUACCGCCAUGGGGUGUGGGUUUCGGGAGUCGGGGAUUGGCAGCCACAACAACGUGGCUAUCCGCACCAGUAUCAAGCUAGAUGUUCCCAUUGGAUAUCUAGGAGAGAACGAUGAGUUGGUUUGCUUUGUUACCCCGGAAUAUCUCGAUUUGAUCACCACUUUAAGUGACAAUCGCUUCCAGGAGAAUUUUAAGAAGAUGCGGGCAAUUGAAAGGGCCAUCGAAGGCAUGGAGGUGAAAGAGCAAGUGAAGGUAGAAACAAAAGAGGAGAGACGGGAAAGGAAACGUCUCGAAGGGUUAGCUCGUCAGCAGCAGCUUCGUGAAGGUCGCACCGCUUAA